AUGGCAGCCCCAGUGGCCCCGGAUACGGCCUUCCUCCAGCAGCUGGGCGUGACGAUCGAGAUUGCCACGCCUCUCUUGGUGGGCCGCCACAGGCAGCACAUGAAGGCGCUUGCAGCACCGGGCCGCGGCGGCUCGGACUGGAAGCAGGCUCUCGUCAAGACCACGGUGGCCCUCCUCCGCUCCGAGGCGAUCCGCACCGUGGACCCGGGCCGCAUCGAGAAGAUCAUGACGGCGUAUGUGGCGACAGCGUACUUCCAGGAGAAGGUGCCCUCCACCUCCAUGCGUGAGGUCGUGCGGGAUGCCCUUGAGGAGCACACGCACGGGCACCGUGACCGGGACCGCCGCCGGGACCGCCGCCGCAAGCGCAGCCCGACCCCCGGACCCGCCGGCGGCGGGAGCAGCAAGCGGCAGCGCCGAGAGCGGGACGCGGACUCGCCUGACGCUACCCAGACAGUGACCAAGACGAGCCCGGGAGACGCAGUGGGCGGAGCGGAACCAGACGAAGACAGGCUCGUAUGCUCGCCAACACCGCCGGCGGGCUCCCAAACGGGCCAGCCCGGCGGACACAAGGUGGGGGACGCGGUGGACGUGUGGAGCCACACCAGGCGCGAGUGGGUCGCGGGCCGUGUGACCACCCACUACGCGAACGACCAGUUCGACGGCAACUUCCACUGCCGGGCGGGGAGCCUACGGGUCAGGAUGCCGCACGGCCACAAGUACAUUACCCCCGAGCUCAUCCAGACCCACUUGCGCGCGCCCGCAGACGGGCCUGAAGACCUGCCGGGCCAGGUGGCGGGGCGGGCCUCGGCGGCGCGUGUGCGCCAGGAGCCGGGGGCUGGCUCCUCCGCUGGCGGAGAUACGCACGGGGUUGCCAGCGCGGCCGCAGCGGUGCCCCCCCAGCGCCCGGGGUACCACCAGGGGCGCCGGCUCGCAGAGGCUGGGCCCACUGCCCUCGAGCUCAAGCUGAGCCAAUUGGUGGAAACGCUUGAGGAGUUGGGCGACGCCGAGGGGGCCGCAAAGCACCGGGAGCGCCUCGUUGCAGCCCAGCAGCAGAGGCGUGCUGACCAAGCGGCGGAAACAGCCCCGCCGAGCGCCGCGGCAGCCGCCCCAACCGGCGGGACCCCUACCCUGGACUCAGACGCAGAGGAGGCGGCUCAGGGGAGCUCGCCGGACGACCCCCUCGGCAUCGGGGCACUCCUCGCGGAGGCCGCCGGGGUGGCCGCGGACGGGCCGCCUGCGGAGCGCGCCCCGCUGCCCAUGCCCCUGCCCCGCGUAGACGUGGCGGCCAUGGAGCUGGAGUUUGCGGUGCACUCCGCGGACGCAACCUGGGAGGACCAGCUGUGGCAGUGGUUCGAGGCGCUUGCGCAGGCGGGGGUCUUCGUCGACACCUACGUGAUGGACCCAGCCAAGCGGGGCGAGGUGACCGGCAACGCGCACCUCACCCCAAAAUGCACGGCCACGACGCCCUGCGUCAAGGUACGGGGCAUCGGGUUGACGAUCAACUGGUUCCGCACCACGGACGGGCGUGUCCGCCUAGAUGGGGCGUGGACGCAGCAGCCCACCCUGCUUGAGAUGCUGCGUAGGUCCCACAAAGCCUACCAGCCAGGGAACUCGGAGCAGGGCCGCCUGACAGGCCGGCAGAUGGACCCGGUCCGGGCCGCGCGGCGCACCCAGCGCACUGAGCUCGAGCAGCGCGCCCAGUGGGAACAGCACCACCAGGAUGCGAUCACAGUGCUGGCGGCCGCGGAGAUCUUCGACGGCAUGGGCCUGACGGGGGUGUGGGACGUCCUCGACAGGGAGUUCGGCGUGAAGAACGUCCCCCCAAGCACCAACCUCCCGUGGACCCUCGCCCUCUACCAGGGCACCCUGGUCCAGAUCUGGGCUGACGGGGCGGCGCGCGUCCGCCUGGGAACGGGGCCUCCCAGUGCGGCGGACGCAGUGGCCCAGGUGCUUGCCAACCAGUUCAGCGGUGAGGUACGGAGGGCGAGCGACUUCAGGGUGACGGCGGCAGCCAACCCAAUCAGGGUGCGUUACGGAGUGCUAUCGGAGAGAGCGAAGCAGCGGGGCGGCCAGGAGCAGCUGCUCAACGAGCGGACCGCCCAGCUGGAGCAAGCCCUGGCCACCUGGCGGCCAGCGGUGGCGGGGCCGUGGCGAGAUUGUCUGGCUGACCUCGUGCGGCGAGCCCCCGGAUGGGAGGACCCGCAGGCGGGUUGCCUGGCAGGCCGCCGGCACCUCCCGGCCACGGCGGCCUUGGCGCGGCGGCUCAGCAGGUCGUGCGCGGAGUUGCAGCGCCGCCUUCCGCCGUCGCCAGCCACGAUGCCGCGCCCCCCCGGCACGGCCAUCACGGCGGGCAUGCUGAACUUUGGACUCAGCGGCGGAGCCGAGAUCGGGGGGGCGACCAUCCUCCCCCGGCGCUGGGAGGACAUCGGCGCGGUCAUGACGGCCCUGAACGCCGCCUGGUUCUUUGGCGUCUCGUGCAGAUGCCCAGAAGGCACCAACCUUGCGGUCGCCCUCCCGAGCUUCCCCUACACGCUGCACGGUCCGCGCGCGGCCCGGUUCGGAGCAGUGACCGUCCUCGUGCACCGGGAGAAGCCAGAUGCUGCGGCUCACCUCCCAGAUUGGUCCAGCGGGCCGGGCACCUGCUGGGUGCAGACGGGGGCUGGGGAGUACUGGUGCGGCUUCAGCAUCCCGCCACGCGAGAGGGGAGCCAACGAGCGCGCUCGGGCGGACGCGGUUCGCUCACUCUUCUCUGAGUACGACCGCGCGAGAGCUGCGGGGCGCCGCCGCCACCCGGGCGCACAGGUGCACAUGGCGGGGGACCUCAACCCCGGAGACGACAUUGAUGCACAGGUCCGCGCGGCGGUCGAGCAGCGGGGGCUCCGCCACAUGAUCCCCGAGGGCGUAGCCACCCACGUCCGGGGAAGAAGACUGGAUGUGGUACUUGCCCCAGCGGCUGGUGGCUGCGCGAUGGUCCAGGUCCACAACGGCAAGCACUGCAGGGACAAUGGGUGCAAGGGGGCCCUAUGCCAGGCGCGGAGCGAGGCCUUGGGUUCCCGCGAUCUGGACCACCAUCCGGUCACGUGGGCUGCGGCCUCGGUGGUGGCAGAAGCGGGGCCCGAUGAGGGAGCCCUACGUUACGACAAAGACCCGGAGAAGUGGAACCACGAGAUGACCGCUUUGGCGGAUGGAACCAUGGCCACCUUGGCAGGUGAAUUGGCCGCCCGAUGCCACCAGCCGUCCUGGGCCCGAGCCACCUCGCAGGAAGCCAAAGCAGCGCUGGACAUGGCGGCGUGGGCAUGGCGGACGACGGCCACCCUGGCCGCAGCCGCGGGGGACCUCGCCUGGGCGCCACCGCCCGCAGCGCACCGCCGGCAUGACGCUGACGCGGCUGAGUCCGCGGCAUUCCGGGAGGUGACCCAGGCAGCCGCCCGGCGCCAGCGAGCAGCCACGGCGACAUCCCUUGCUGCGCUUGAGGCCGCCAGGCAGCGCCUCCGGGAGGUCCGAGGCGCGAGCGCCCGGGCCCAGCGGGACGCCGCCCGCCACCGGGUGCUGGCCCUCCUCCAGACGAACCCGCUGGCGGCGGCAACAGUCCUCAAGGAGCACUCGGCAGGGCCGCCAGAGGGCCUGCCGGCCAUCAUGCGGGAUCCGGAGGAAGAGGGCCGCAUGCUCGUCGGCACGGAGCAGGUGCUGGAUGGCGCGCGCCGGUACAUCCUGAGGCGAGACGACCCGCCGUGGGGCGGCGAAUGGGACGCGGAGCACGCGGCGGCGAUGCGGGCCCGCCUGGAGCGGCAGCGCUCGGAGGCCAGGCGCGCCCUCUCCCAGUGGGACCCGGAGGAGGCGUACACCCUUGCAGAGGCAGGCCAGGCCUUGCGGAGGAUCCGCCUGCGCGCCCAAUGCAGGGGCCUCCCCUAUGCCAUCCUCCACAGUACCCAUGUGGGUGUACUCGAAUCCCUGCUGCACCUUGCCACCCUCAGCCUCCGGCUUGGCCGCCUCCCUGGCCUGUGGCUCGUCCAGGAUAAUUACCACUCGCACAAGGAUGGCAAGCCGCGCGUGGACUACGGCGGCUACAGGGUCCUCGCGCUGUGCUCGGCGGAGGGGCGCUUCGCGGAAGAGCUGUGGGGCGGCCGCGGCCGCGCGCUGCUCCAGGGCGGGCUGGGGGCCCUCCAGGACGCGG